CCCGCCCCGCCUCGUUAAAUCACGCCCGCCCCCGAGCCCGAGGAGGAGGAGGAGUCCAGCGAGGGGACAGACCGGACUGACGCAGACCCGGCAGCGGAAAGAGGAGACAGCCGCGUCCGUCCGUCCGUCCUCGAGGCCCCGGCCGGAGAUUUCUCCGCCCGUGCCGAGCGUCACCGGAGCAGAGCCAGCUGUGCGGAGCCGCGGAAGGCCCCGCCGGCGAGGUGGUCUCAGCCUCUCAGAGAAGCGCGCAGAGCCCCCCGCGGCGCCGGCCGGCCGGCGUAGGAAGGAUCCACAGAUGGGCUGCGCGUUCUCGUCGUCGCCGUCGCCACGGAAGCGUGAGCAGCGCGCCCAAGGGUACGAGGAGCCCGCCGUCCUCGCCGCCGAGACCUCCUUCACGGUGAACGAGGUGGAGGCGCUGUACGAGCUCUACAAGAAGCUCAGCUUCUCCAUCUUCAAGGACGGCCUCAUCCACAAGGAGGAGUUCCGGCUGGCUCUGUUCAGGACCAGCAGAGGGGCGAACCUGUUCGCGGACAGGGUGUUCGACCUCUUCGAUCUCAAGCGCAACGGCGUGAUCGAGUUCGGCGAGUUCGUGCGCUCGCUCAGCAUCUUCCACCCCAAAGCGCCUGAAUCUGAAAAGACCGCGUUUGCAUUCAAGCUGUACGAUCUGAGGGGGACAGGCUACAUCGAGAAAGAAGAGCUCCGGGAGAUGGUGGUGGCGCUUCUUGAUGAGUCCGACCUAUGUCUCUCCGAUAGCGCCGUCGAGGAGAUUGUCCAUAAUACGUUCAGUCAAGCAGACUCGGAUGGUGAUGGCAGGAUAGACCCCAAGGAAUGGGAGGAGUUUGUCAAGAAGAACCCAGCGUCGCUGAGGAACAUGUCACUGCCCUAUCUCCAGUGAGUACCAUCAUCUGCUGCUCUACUUUCCAUUACUGCUCACAGCUGAUGUUUCCUUUUAAUUUCUCAGAAUUGGUAGUUCAGCUUCACCUGCGAUUUCUUAGUUUAAUCUUCUUCUGAUACAAAAAUGCGGCAUUUAGAUGAGUGCCAUCAGUUAUGCCAUGCUAGAGAGUAGAGAUCUUUUU